AUGAGAAUUACAAAUACAUUCGCUACAACUGCUGCACUCAUAUCGUCGACGUUGGCUGCAACAGUACCAUCCGCACCAUGGUCAACUUUGACACCCACCGGUGCAAUCCCUACAGAUGCAUCGACAGAUUGGUCCCACAGUUUUGGUAUCCAGAUAGAAACUAUCGAAGUUGCAUCUCAGCUAGCAACUGAGACUGGAACAAUUGCUGGUAAAAAGAGAGACGUAGUCAAUGGUUUGUCAGAUGGUCAACCAAAUGUUAUUCCAACAGCCUCAUAUAGUAUACUUUCCGAAUCUGUUGCACCUGUUGCUCAAAUCACAGAUGGUCAGAUCCAACACCAAACCACUGCUGCUGCUGCAAGUGUUGUUAACCAAAUCACAGAUGGUCAGAUCCAACACCAAACCACUGCUGCUGCUGCAAGUGUCGUUAACCAAAUUGGUGACGGACAAAUUCAACACCAAACUACUGCUGCUGCUGCAAGUGUCGUUAACCAAAUUGGUGACGGACAAAUUCAACACCAAACCACUGCUCAAACUGUUGCUGGUGUGAACCAAAUAAGCGAUGGCCAAAUUCAAAAUCCGUCCACUACUCUUCUCUCAUCAGUCGCUGGUGCUGCACAAAUCACUGAUGGUCAAGUUCAAGCCACCAACACUGUUGCCGCUGAAUCUCGUCUCCCCACCAAUGCAACUGUUGCCACUUCUGGCAGUAGUGACCCUGUAGUCGAAUCUGACAGCGCAGAACCUGAAGACACCAACAUCCAAGAAGCAUGCUACUCUUCAAAUAACCUUGCCAUGACAUUACAAGACGGAUUGCUCGCUGACUCUAAAGGUAGAGUUGGUGCCAUUGUUGCUAACCGUCAAUUCCAAUUUGAUGGUCCUCCACCUCAAGCAGGAACAAUUUAUGCAGCUGGUUGGUCAAUUUCAAGUGAUGGUUACUUGACCUUGGGUGACGCAGAUGUCUUUUACCAAUGUUUGAGCGGGGACUUUUACAACUUGUACGACGAGAAUGUUGCUUCUCAAUGUAAUGCCGUCAAAUUGAAGAUUAUCAACUUUGUCGAUUGUUAA